AUGCGGCCUUUGACUGAAGAGGAGACUCGCGUCAUGUUUGAGAAGAUAGCGAAAUACAUCGGGGAGAACCUUCAGCUGCUGGUCGAUAGGCCCGACGGCACCUACUGCUUCAGGCUGCACAACGACCGCGUGUACUACGUGAGUGAAAAGAUCUUGAAGUUGGCCGCCAACAUCUCCGGUGACAAGCUGGUGUCGCUGGGGACCUGCUUCGGGAAAUUCACGAAGACCCACAAGUUCCGGCUGCACAUCACAGCUCUGGAUUACCUGGCACCUUAUGCCAAGUACAAAGUGUGGAUAAAGCCUGGAGCAGAGCAGUCCUUCCUGUAUGGGAAUCACGUGUUGAAAUCUGGACUGGGUCGAAUCACUGAAAACACGUCUCAGUACCAGGGAGUGGUGGUGUACUCCAUGGCAGACAUCCCUUUGGGUUUUGGGGUGGCAGCAAAGUCUACACAAGACUGCAGGAGAGUAGACCCCAUGGCGAUUGUGGUAUUUCAUCAAGCAGACAUUGGGGAAUAUGUGCGACAUGAAGAGACGUUGACUUAA